UGCGCGACUUACAUUAGUUAGAAGAAACAAAUACACGUUGGUGGAUAUUUGGAAUUGUUAUACAGGCAGCGGACUUUGCAAAUGUCGUCGAGUGUAACAUCCUCACUUCAGGCCAACAUGAGCUCGUCCAUGCCUCAGAAGCGUUUCUACAGACAACGAGCCCAUUCAAACCCGAUGGCGCACCACUCGUUUGAUUACCCAGUGUGUCCAGAGGAAAUGGACUGGUCCAAACUUUAUCCAGAGGUCAUAGGUGGCAACCAGUCUGAGGAAGAGACUCCUCAAGUUGAGUUUGCAGACAUUGGAUGUGGAUAUGGAGGCCUUUUAGUGGAGUUAUCUCCACUCUUCCCAGAUAAACUCAUCCUCGGCUUGGAAAUUAGGGUGAAAGUCUCAGAUUAUGUUCAAGACCGUAUCCAGUCACUGCGUUCCUCUAAUCCAGGAAGCUACCAGAACAUCGCCUGCCUUCGCAGCAAUGCCAUGAAGUACCUCCCUAACUUCUUUAGGAAAGGACAGCUCAGUAAGAUGUUCUUCCUCUUUCCUGACCCUCACUUUAAGAAGACUAAGCAUAAAUGGAGGAUCAUUAGUCCCACUUUGCUAGCGGAGUAUGCCUACACACUGAGAGUCGGGGGUUUGGUGUACACCAUAACAGAUGUGGAGGAAGUCCACAUCUGGAUGGUGAAGCACUUCACCGAGCAUCCUCUGUUCACACGUGUCACCGAUGAGGAGCUGGUGGAUGACAUCAUCAUUACCCGUUUGGGGACCUGUACAGAAGAAGGGAAGAAGGUGCAGAGAAACGGAGGGAAGAAUUUCCUCGCAGUUUUCCGAAGGAUCGAGGAUCCACAAUGAGGAACCACUGUGGAUGUCGAAAAUAAAAAUAACGUUUUUUAUUAAGUAAUUUCUUCGUGUAGCAUAAUGCUGCUCAGCAAACCAGCAUCUGAAGUUUUUUUUUUCCUAUUCAUCCAGCAGAUGAACACUCAUGACUUUUUCUUAUUUUUUCAACAAAUGGAAGAUUUUUCCUUCUAUUUUUUAUCUUUUCCUUGUGACAUGUAUUUAAUUAUUUAGCUUUCAACAUGAAUAAAUCAUGGAGAAAUUUCUUUUCAUGCCA